UUCCCCUUUUGAUUCAUCGUUGCCCAGGAGGAAUCGAUCGGUGCACGUUGUCGACUCGCGCGCGGUGUCUGAUUCGUUCACGGGCGGGCAACUGAGAAUCGGCCUUCAGCGAAAGACCUAGGGGAGACUUGGCCAUAUAUCGUCAACGGUGUCCGUCCUUCCGAGAGGAGAAACACGCAAUCAACACACGGGGCGUCGCACGAUGAAUUGACACACAGUACCGCGCGAAACGCAGCCACUCCACGAGGAGCACGUGCGUUAAGGAACGCGGGCCGCCCUUGCCAUUCGUGCGCGCAGCUGUAACCUACCUCGAGGCGUCCACUUCCGGGGAAGAACGGCUCGCCGAUUAAGCAAACACCCGGUUCGAUUCACGAGACGACCGAAUUCACCGAUCCUGUAACCACGUUAGACGAACACCCCGCCUAAUCAUGUAUCAGAAACUGGCCCUCGAGCACCGAUAUCUGACGGAUCAACAUCUGACCGGUUUCGAGAGCUACAAGUAUAGCUCCGUGGACACAAGCCCCCUUAGCGUGUAUGUGAUGCACCCGUUUUGGAACAAAGUCGUUCAGUAUUGUCCAAAAUGGGUUGCCCCGAAUAUGUUGACCUUCUCUGGAUUCCUCUUCACUGUUUUCAAUUUCACAAUGUUCGCGAGUUACGAUUAUUAUUUGUUCGCAUCCAGUGAUGAUAAACCUCAGUAUCCUCCUAUACCAAGAUGGGUCUUUGCACUAGGUGCGUUUAAUGUCUUCAUGGCGUAUACCCUUGACGGUAUAGAUGGAAAACAAGCAAGGCGGACACAGACUUCUGGUCCCUUAGGAGAAUUGUUCGACCAUGGGUUGGACAGUUGGACAACAAUGCUAAUCACUGUUUGUAUGUUCUCCGUAUUCGGUAGAACGGAUCACAGUGUGUCCCCGCUAAGAAUGUACUUCAUACUAUGGAGUGUCUUCAUUAAUUUCUAUUUGACUCACUGGGAAAAGUAUAACACUGGCGUACUGUUCCUUCCUUGGGGAUACGACUUAUCUAUGGUAGGCACUAUUAUAGUAUUUACUAUAUCGAGUAUAGGAGGGCACAAAGCCUGGAAAUUCUUACUACCAGGAGGUAUAUCAGUGGGUGUGAUGUUUGAGAUUGUACUCUAUAUCACUGCGAUAGUGGCAAGUUUGCCUGUGGUCCUAUGGAAUAUAUACAAAUCAUACAGGGACAAGACAGGUAAAAUGAGGACAUUCCUAGAUGCCAUAAGACCUCUGCUACCUUUAGGUGUACUUUUCACAAUUUCCACCAUUUGGGUAAUGCACUCGCCAAGCAAUAUAGUGGAGAAGGACCCCAGAAUCGUCUUUUUGACCAUUGGAACAAUCUUCUCCAAUAUAUGUUGUCGGUUAAUCGUGUCGCAAAUGAGCAACACCAGGUGUGAACUGUUUUCUUGGAUACUUAUACCCGUGGCCGUGGCAGCGGCCUUUUCAUUUAUCUUGCCUAGCGUCGAUCUAAUGUUCACGUAUAUCGUCGCUGUAGCGGCGUUGCUGGCGCACAUUCAUUAUGGCACCUGUGUGGUACGCCAGAUGUGCCGUCACUUCCGUAUCCACACGUUCCGUAUCAAGGACCGCGCCGACUGACUGCUUGCCGACGAUACAUGUUAAAAACGAAGAAGGGAACUCUAGAGUCGGAGCCAGCUAU